CAUGGGCCAAGGUGAGGAGGUGAAGACGAGGCCUGAGCCGAAGGUGGAGAUUCAGGAGAGAGGCGAGGUUUUCUUCUUCUACCGGCCGAGGGUCGACAAGGAAGAAGCUCACAGUGCCAGCGAUGUGCAGCGGAUGUACGUCGUGCUCCGGCCGGAGUCAGGCGAGCGCUCCGUGGAGGGAAAGCAGUCGCCGGACUCGGGCAAGGAAAGCAAGAUGAACUCCAAGGAUGAAGUUCAGGUGGGUUCUGAGGACGGCGGGAACGACAAGGGUGGCGAUGGUCAGGAUGGAAAGGAAGGCGGCUAUGGCCGGGAGGAGGUGAACAUCGAAGAGCAGCCGCUGUUUCGCUUCAUCGUCAUGGGGAAGAAGAGCUUACCUGAUCCAAGUCAGAGAAGCCGUCCUUUCUGGGGUUUCGUGGAACUGGUGACGACGAAGGUGGACGACAUCAAGAAAGCUCUCCAAGGAGAGGAGUACGAGACAGCAACUCGUGGCCACCGUCGCAGGCCUUCGGCGAGAGCGCUGGCGGAGGGCGUCUACCGCAUACUGCGGCACCAAUCAGGCCGGCGGACGCACACCCACCUCGUCUACAAGCUCGAGUUUCCGCCGGGCGAUGCCGAGAACGAGCCGCAGGAGUCGCUGAACAUAGAGCGCGAGGCCUCCUUCCUCAUCCAAAUCAAGAACCCCGAACAAGGCGGUGGUGGCGGCUUCGCAGGACUGCAGAGCAAGCGUAGGGCAUGCUUCCCCGCCCACCUGCAGGGCCAGUUCGGGAAGCGGCGGUUCGGGCCCGCGGACCCGCCGGACUUCCUCAACUACGAGGGCUGCGAGCUGCUGCUGAUCGCUGCGUCGGACGACAUCGACGAGGAGCUGGGAUUGGAGCUGAGGACGGAGUGCGAGGCGGAUGCCAAGUGCUCGGACCUGCUGCAGGUGUUCGGCGAGACGGCCGCCUCCAAACCUCUGCUAAGCGGCGCCUGGGUCUGAGUUGCGCUCGCCACUUGGUGUGUUUUGCAGGUCAUUUU